UUUGCAAUUUAAAUCAUUUUUGAAUUUACUGCUGCUCAUUACGGGACCGGGGACCCCAUUUUACAACUCACAGAAUCACAUUACUUACUACUUUUUUCUAAAUAUCUAUUGAUUAUUUUGUUUUGGUGCAAAACCGCUUUAUUUAUUGGCCCAGAAAUGUGAGUCUGGAUUCAGUGGCAUGUGUGCCAGAGCAUGCCCCUGGCACGGGGGUGCCCCUGGGGGGCAACUUCGUUUCUCUGCAUUUCUGCAGACGCGGUUAGGUUGUGGUUGUGUCAUUUAGUUUAGUUCUUUUCCUUGCCCGGAUUCGUAAUUUUGACGAGAGCUCAGUGAGCAGCAUUGAACGUAGCUGCAGGCCCCGGGUGGCUGCGAGCAGACCUAGGGCAUUUUCGUGUUCCUUAAACUUGUGAAAAUACAGUACAACAAUUAGGUAGACUGUAGUGGUACAAUAUUUGGAGCCACGUUCUUUUAUUUUCUUAGGUAUUACUAUUUCUUCCUCAGCUCAGCAAUGAGUUAUGACACCGGACUUUCUUUAAUUGAUUCUUUUAAAAGCCUUCCCAGUGACGUAGAAAGAGUUAUAGCCUAAACAUAAUAUAAGAAAAUUCAGUUGAGCUUUGUGCUGUUCCCACUUUCCAGUAACAGGUGUGUGCAUCUGAUCCCAUCUUAAAUUUGUGAAUGUAUUCAGGCGGACUGGAGCUAACAACUGCAAAGUGCUUGCGCUGGUUAAUGCAUAACCGCACCAACCAUGGACAGAAACCGGCAUAUAUAGCCAUGCACAAGGUGGAGCACGAACACUGGCUAUGGUUAGUGUCACUGGCUCGGUGGAUCGACUUAAUCUGGCAAAGAAAUUUUUCCCUUAAUUUGUCUGGCUAAAGGAUCCCGUAGCACAAUGAUGCAUUCUAUUUUUCGUGGCACGAAGUCAGCCAAUGUGAAAUUUGAACUGAGGAUAUCGGCCGUAACACUAGCCACUUUUUACAGUUACGGCACGCUUCUGUGCUGCAUCCGCCGUUUCCUCCAGAAGCCGACGUUGGGACUGCGCUAAGACCACUUAUGUAAGCGGCCUGAUACGAAGGGGUGGUCUUAUAUGCCGCGAGAGGAAGUCCUGUUGAUCCUUUCCAUCCGCGUCUGCAUCUGUGCAGUAAAGUGCUUUCCCGUUCCCCGAUGUGGUCCAUGAUAGACAUUUCGUUGAUUUAUCGAUCGCCAACUUGCUAAAAGAGAUCAUAAACAUACUGUUGAAUACAUGGCAGUGGAAUGAAAAGAAAUUAAAACCGCUUUCGUGCUACCAGGCAGUUGGCCGAGAAAGUGCGCACUGCUCAGCAUUCAAUUAUCUGCAGCGGUUCGGGUGUAGCUUUCACCUUAUUAGGGCGAUUUUUUAUUUCUUCUCCAUAUACUGCAUAAUGGCCGCUACCGAUGCGAAGAAGAGCAUGGAAAACGGACCGUCCGUGGACAGCGCCGAUAAACUAUCCAUCAAGCAGGAAAUCAAAGCGGUAAUUCUGAAUUCCUUCGGUGGACUGCGUUCGGUUAAAGUGGAAAACAAAGCGGAACCCAGUUUGGAGAAAGGUCAUGUGCUGAUACGAGUGAAGGCCACAGGCAUAAAUUUUUUGGAUUUAAUGGCACGGCAAGGCCUUCUGGACAAUGCACCGCGAUUACCAGCUGUAAUGGGUUUCGAGCUGGCUGGCGAUGUCGAAGCGUUUGUGACUACCGGUGCGGGCAGUGCCGCUGAUUUUAAGCCAGGGGAUCGCGUAAUUGCUUUUACGGAUUAUAAUGCCUGGGCGGAAGUGGUAUGUGUAUCGACAGAUUAUAUCUACAAAAUGCCGAAGGUAAUGAGUUAUGAGGAAGGCGCUUCCAUGCUGUCCUACGUGACGGCCUAUAUGCUGCUGUUUUCCUUGGGUGGAAUACGUCCUGGACAAGCGGCUUUAGUACACUCUGCUGGCGGCUCAGUGGGUUUGGCGAUCAGUCAAUUAGCGAAGACUGUCAAAGAUAUAAAAUUGUUUGGGACCGCAUCUCAGCACAAGCACGAGCAUAUCAAACACGGAUUUGACCAUUUGUUCGACCACACAGAAGAUUAUGUGCAAGAAAUUAAAAAAUCUUACCCAGAAGGCAUUCACUUGGUGUUGGAUUGUUUGGCUGGUGACGAAACCAAUCGAGGAGUCGCGUUACUGCGACCUUUGGGAAAGUAUAUUCUUUAUGGGUCGUCCAACAUUGUGGCCGGAGAGAACCGAAGCUUCUUCAGCAUAGCAAAAUCGUUGCAGUGGUGGCAGCUGGACAAAAUCAGUCCAGUCAAACUUUGUGAUGAAAACAAGUUAAUUGGUGGACUUAAUCUGCGACAAUUUAUGUUCCGGCAAAACGGCGCUAAGGAAGUGCGCGACGUUAUGGAUCAGCUCUUUAAAUUGUAUGGCGAGAAGAAGAUCAAGCCGGUUAUCGAUUCAACAUUUGCCAUGGAAGAUGUUGGGGAUGCAAUUAAGAAAAUGCAUGAAAGAAAAAAUAUUGGGAAGUUGCUGUUGUGUCCAUCGCAAGUUCCGAGAAUCAAGGAAACCUCGGGAACAAGUUCGGCGCCGACAAGCCCGCCAUUUAAUACAAAAGAAAGCAGCGCUGCAUCCGGAUCUCAAGAAAAAGAAAAGGAAAAGGCUUAAUUCUUGGCGUAUAGCUGCUACAUCCCUGCAAGAUUUGUUCCAGCUGGCGCUAUUUCGGAUUCUCAUUCUUGUUUGAUUUUUAAUCCUUAUUGAACUGUAGUGCAGCACAUAAUUUACACCGGGCAUGGAGUCUAUUGGUCUACUUGUGACUUUAUUUUACUAGUAUUGGAAACUAUGCAAGAACCAAUGCAUUUUAAACACUUUGCGCAUAAGCAAAAUUAUUUAUGUAGAUGGUUUGUUGGUGUUUAUGUAAUGUAUUAUGCACGAACUGCUUUUUGUUGAUAGAAAAAUACUUUCUGACUGUAUGUUACCAUAUGGAUUCGGACAUAGUGUAAUUUAUUGUUUACAACGAAAAUUUCAUUGUCCGCACCAAUCGUGUUCUGUAUAGUUUUGUAGUUUACUUCUUGUCGAUCUCGAUAAACCAAUUUGCAAAAACAAUGUGUUUUAUGUUUGUUUGCGCUGUUUAACGACUGAUCUGGCUAUUCUGCUGUUUGUUGUAUAAAAAAUAUGGAACUCUGUUAUGGGCAUGACCGGAAAAAGAUGCUUUU